GAGACGGACAAACGGACAAACCUUAUUUUUAAUGUAUUGUUGUUGUUAGGCAAAUCACAUUAUGAGAUGGAUGAUUGGAUGCUCUAGUCGGUGGAAAUUAUAUUGCUAUUGCUAAUAUUAUUGUUAUUAUGUGGAGAAAAAAAAUUUUCUAACACAAAGGAAGAAAACACGGAAAAUUUUUAUUUCAAUCUUUGUUUUUGGGGAAAUAAUGAUGAAAAUACGAAUAAUAAUAAUAAAAAUGUCAACGAAAACAGCGACAGCUAUUAUUCAGCCUCCUAUGAACUCAUUAUUUUUCACUACUACUAGUGCUGCUUCUAAUACAUCUGGAUAUACCACAGAUAUGCCAUUCAUCAUAAGAGAGAAUUCACUUUAAAAUCUGGUAAUCUCUCUCCCUAUAUGAAAUGUACUCAUCCGAUCGCAGAAGAACUCACACUACAAAGCCUAUAUCAAUCAUUGUCUAAAUACUAAAUAUUUUGUAAGAAAGAAAAAAGCAACGAAAAAAAAGAAAGUAGCAGCCUUCGACAUACCUUUGUAUUAUUCUGAAAGAAUAGAAAAUCAAAUGUGAUUAACCUCUCCAUGUAGCACGAUUCUUAUUGAUCUCAAGUAGAAACGUGUUGUACUAAAACUAUAAAAAGAAACCAAACCAAAAAAAAUCGAUAAAGUCAUUUGGAACUUGGAGAAUGUGGAUAGUUUGUUGUCGUAAACAACAAGACACCGCUGAUGAUACUACUACAACUACUACUAAAGGGAAUAAAUCGAAGGAUAAAUCGAAACACCGUAAACAGAAAUACUCACGUGGACAUAAUUCUGAUAAAACUGACCUGGAGAACAGUAAUAAUAAUAAUAAUAACAAAAAUAAUAAUAAUGAAAAUAAUGAUACUGGCAGCAGUAAUAUUGAUACAAAACUACGCAAAGAUUCACACGACAGUUCAAUUAAUGGAUGUUAUCCUAGACAAGAGAGACGAAGUCUACCAGACGUUGUAAUCCCUUCAACUCAUUUAAUCCCAUGCUCAAAUGCUUUCCCAUCAAAUCAAAGGCCUAGUCUACACAUUGAUUAUGAAACUGGCCGUAGACCAACAAUUAUGGUGGAGACUACAGCAAAAUUAGCGGAAUCUGAAUCCACUGGUCUUGAUGAUCACUACUCAUCUAGUCUUUUUAAUAAAACUUUUCUAACCAAUGAUUUAAAGGCGAAAAACGAAGCAACAGACAGUGUAUUAAACAAGCGUAGAGCACACAGCCUUAUUCCAACAUAUUGUGAAAAAGACCUCCAGGAAACUGGUAAUAUACGUCAAUCAAGAAAGUCAGAAGUUGUACGAAGUGUAGAUGAUGGAAAGAAAACUCCAUUCAAGAAACGUCUUAGUCUAUUAAAAGUCAAGCCAUUGAAACGUUUCCGUAAAUCAAAAGAAAACAUUCUCUCAGUGGAUGUACAAAAGCCAUACAUAGAAGAGGGUAAAACAAACCUGCUGUUAACAACAACUCCCGAUACACGAUUUGUAUUUAAAGCGAAAUCCUCAUUCCGACGUAUUAAACACUCAAGGUUAUUUUCCCCGGCUAAAUCAUCCCAUGAGAAUAUAUUAAUCUCUAAGGAUGCUAAUACUACUUCUAUGAAUAAUACUACUAAUAAUAAUAAUGAGAGUUUUUCUGAACGAUCAGAGGAUAGUUUAGGUCAGCUGCCUACACCAAGAAAUUCAAUGUUAAAACGUAUCAGUCCACGUGGUACUGAUGCUUAUACAGAUCCUAGAAAGCGUAAUUUUCUUGAUAAUAUUCAGCAUAACCCGAAUUCAAGAAAUGCUGUACUAAGACGUGGUUCUCUUUGUAUUUUUAGUCAGGUCGAUGAACCGAUUGUAACACCAUUUGCACAAAUUUUGGCUAGUUUAAGAAAAGUUCGCACAAAUUUUAUCCUGUUAACAAAUGUAACAAGUACUCGAGAUUCACGAUUUGGUGCUGUUCAACCAAUGCAGGCAAUCGAAGAUGGUAACAACUCAUCAUCCUAUUCAGAACUCAAAAUUGGUUCUUCUGGACAGGCAAAAGUGACAGCUACUGAAACUCUAGAGGAACUUGAAUGGUGUUUAGAAAGACUGGAAAAUAUACAGACUCACCGAUCCGUCAGUGAUAUGGCAUCAAGUAAAUUUAAAAAGAUGUUGAACAAAGAAUUGAGUCAAUUCGCUGAUGGUGGUCAAAGCGGCAAACAAAUAUCAGAAUAUAUCUUUUCAACAUUUUUAGACUCUAAAGAAAACGAUCCGCUGAAUAGUCCUUCAUCCAUGAUAACAACUACACCGCACAGUAGUGGUGGAAGCAAUACACACGGUGUAUGCAAUAACAAUAAUAACAGCAAUAACUCAGAAAUGACGACAUGUUCCUCUUCACCUGCUACAAAGAAAUUAGACUCAUCUGGGAUACAUAUUGCAACAAGACCUAUUGAAUUGGAUCAUGUAAUUCCCGCGGUGACUACACUUCCUCACUCAACAACAGCAACAACAACAAAUAUUACUGAUGGGCAUACAACAAAUAACAGUCUGUCUACCUCAGUGGGUACAAUAUCUGGAUCUACUUCAGUGGUCAAUUGUUCAUCAUUAUCAACGACGGUAUCUCCGCUAGCAUCAUUAUCAGUUGCAUCAUCAGGAAUUGAUGAAAUUAGGAGUAGCAGUGGAGAUGAUAAAAGUACUGGGAAAUAUCAAUGGCAUACUUCUGAGAGUAAUAAUAAUCCUUCUAUUUUCGUCCCUACACCCAGUCCUUCUGUUCAUUUUCAUAAUCAGCAUAAUCAACAUCAACACCAACAUCAUCAUUAUCAUCACGAACACUCUAGUGAGAAUAAUUUGCCAACUUCAAUUGUACCGUAUAUAAUGAAUUCGAAAAAUCCUGCUAGACUUGAAGAACUGUUGCAAAAUUCACUCGAUCUAUGGGGGAUUGAUAUUUUUGAAAUUGACCAGCUAACAACACAUCCUCUCACUUGUAUAUUUUUCAAUAUUGUACAGAAAAGAAAUCUUUUACAACGAUUUUCUAUACCUGAACGUAAUUUAAUUUUAUAUAUGAAUGCUGUAGAAGCAAAAUACAAUGACAAUCCAUAUCAUAAUUGUAUUCAUGCAGCUGAUGUUGUCCAAUCAACACAUAUACUGUUAAAUGCUCAGUCAUUAGAGUCGGUUUUUACAGAUUUAGAAAUUUUUACCGUCCUGUUUGCUUGUGCUAUUCAUGAUGUUGGGCAUCCAGGCGUUACAAAUCAAUAUUUAAUCAAUACAAAUGACAAACUGGCAAUUUUAUACAACGAUUCAUCUGUACUCGAGAAUCAUCAUUUAGCUAUUGCAUUUUCCCUACUCGGUCAACCGGGUCAUGAUGUUUUUGAGAAUUUUCCAAGGAAACAACGACUCAGUUCUAGACGUAUGAUUAUUGAUAUGGUUUUAGCUACAGAUAUGUCAAAGCAUAUGAGUUUACUGGCUGAUUUAAAAACAAUGGUUGAAACAAAGAAAGUGGCUGGAUCUAGUAUUCUCACACUGGAAAGUUAUAUUGAUAGAAUGCAGAUUUUACAAAAUAUGGUACAUUGUGCUGAUUUAAGCAAUCCAGCUAAACCAUUAGAUUUGUAUAGACAAUGGACAGGUCGUGUUAUGGAAGAACUUUUCCGUCAAGGGGAUAAAGAACGUGAAUUAGGCAUUGAUAUUAGUCCAAUAUGUGAUAGAAAUACAGCGACUAUAGAAAAAUCACAGGUGAGUUUCAUCGAUUACAUUGUUCAUCCAUUAUGGGAAACCUGGUCCGAUCUAGUAUAUCCAGAUGCACAAAAUAUCCUUGAAACACUAGAAGACAAUCGUGAAUGGUAUUUCAGUCAAAUUAAUGAAACCAACAACGGUGAUAUGGAUAAUAAUGAUAAUGAUGAUCAUGAUGAUGAUAAUAAUAAUAAUACUAAUGAUAAAAAUAAUCCUAAUACUGCUACUACAGAGAAUGAAGAAUAAACCCGUGCGACCAAAAUGAGGAGAACUACAAAUUAUGAUUAACCAUAAUCAAGCUGGAAAAUUGCCAAAUGUCAUCCACACAUACAUACAUACAUACAUAAACAUACCUAAUGAGAAUGUGAUAUAUAUAUAUAUAUAUACGCAUUCUCUGUAUUUAUGUAUUUCUCAAAAAGUGUUUCACGUGUGUCCAUGUGUGCCCGUGUGCGUGCGUUAAUUUGCAUUUCAAUUGGUUUGAUUUUAUUUGAUUUCCAAAAACACUAGCUACAGUCAAACAGACAGGGAUAUGCAAUGCAUAACUGUGAAUUGAAUUAACAUUUCUCUGGUAUUAUCAUUAUUACCACUACUCUUAUUAUUAUGAUUAUUAUGCAUCCAAUUCUAUCAAUAAUAAUAAUGAUAAUAAACUUAAAGUACUGUUCAAAGUAAUCCCUAUGAAUUUUGUUUUCUCCAUACGUUUUGAAAUUGUCAGUCCAAUGGGGUAUUCAUUUCUCCACCCCACUCCACCCUACCGUAACUCAACCCCGUCUUCCCAACUUGUUCCGUACACGUCUGCUGUAUGCAAUCCUUUCUUUUUGUCAUUUCCUGUGAACAAUUAACUGGUUUUAUCCCUCCCCUUUGUCCCUCUCUCUCUCUCUGUUUGUCAACUUUAAAAAUCAAUAAUAUGUAUGUAUUACAUCAUAGGAUGAUGCUGACAAUUAUUUGAGUUUUUGAUGUGGAGUAAGCAUAAAAAAGACAAACUGUUUAUAAGCUUAUUAUGUAUCUAUCAGUCAAGUAAUCUAUGCAUAUAUUUAUACAUAUAUAUAUAUAUUUAUAUACAUACAAAUAUGUGCUUGCUCAAUUUCUGCAUUUCUCUUACUGUGAAACCCACGCACUCACCCACUCCAGGCCGCCACUGCCACCGCAAUAUGGAGGAAUAUUGUAAUCACAUACAAACAUAAGGGAUCUUUAUUUCUCUCCCUACACUUUACACUUUACAAAUAAAAAACAGUUUGAUCCUAGAGUCUUCCCAUGACAAUGAUCAUUUAUUCUUUCUGGUAUCACAUUUAUUUCUGUUACUAGACAGUACAAAUUGACUCUCUGAAAAUUUGAUUUUCUUCUCUUCUCUUCUCUUUCUUGUGAUAUGUUGUAUCAUUCUUUCUUAUUUUCUAAAUUUUUUGGUUCAUAUUGCCUAGUACACACACACACUGUUUUUGACUACUUAUAUACAUUUGUUUGUAAGUAGUAAAUGAGUGAGUGGGUGGGUGAGUGAGUGAGUGAAUGAUCGAAUAUAUAUCUAUGUAUAUUACCCUUAUUAUGAUGAAGCUUGUAUAAACUGAGAAACAGGCGGUCGGUCAUAUAUUGGAUAUGAUCCAAUGAUCAACAACGGCAACAACAACCACAACAACUAGAUAAUGCUGUUUAGUGUUCUACUUCAACCCUUGUCUUAAAUAAAUUAUCAGUUAACUAAGGAACUAACUAACUAGCUAUAGCAGCUGAUUAUGAAAUAUUAAUCAAUCAUUAAUCAAUCAGUCAAUCAAUCAAUAAAUCAAUCAGUCAUACAAUAUUAUACAGUGAGUAUACAAUCACACACAUGCACACAUACAACGAAAACUGAAAUGGUCCUUCUGCCAAUAAAAAAUGGUGUAUAUCACUGUCUGCUGCUUUGUUUACUCUCCCACCUUAAAUUUCUCCUCAUCACACUGUUGUUGUUAUUGCUGCUGCUGCUGUAGUAGUCGUAGUUGUUGUUGUUGUUACUGCUGUUUUUGUUGUUGAUGAUUUUUUUUCUCUUUAUUUAUUCGUUUCUUUGUUUGUUUUUCAUACACACAAACAAAUGAACGAAUCAAUGAAAAUGUAAUAAUAAUGCAGAAAUAAGUCAUAAAUAAAGACAAUAUUGAAUCAUAUAUAGAAGCAGUAAAAGUGAAGCAUAUAUAUACAUAUAUAUAUAUAUAUAUAUACAUUAGUAAACAAUAAGAAAAAGGAAAAAUCAAUAACAACAGACUUUUUGUCAUCAUCAUCAGCAUCUUUAUCCUCAUCUACAUCAUCUCUUGCUCCCUCUGCCUCUCUCUCCUUGUCCUUCUCUUUAUAUCUUUCCCCCUUUCCCUUUCUCUCUCUGCCUCCAUUUCUAUUGUAUUUGUUUGUUAAUAAUAAUAAUCAUUUAUUAAAAUGAUGAUGAAACAGCUGUCCUGAAUUUAUUGAUUUUUUGUUUCGUUUUGUUUUGUUUAUUUGUUUUUUUUGUUUCUUCCCCUCAUCCCCAACUGCCACCCUCCCCCCACCCCCAAAAAGAAACAUAAUAUAACAGAACAG